AAGGCCAGAAUUUGUGUUAUCCCCUAUCCACCGUCGCGGUGGUCGCCGCCGGCGAAGGAGGAGCAAUGGAAGUCGCUCUCCUCCUCCCUCCUCCUGCUCCUCCCCUCGCCCGAGGCGGGGGUGGCGUCGGCGUCGCCAACAUCGCCUCCUCCGUCUUCAGGCUCCCUGCUGCUGCUGUUGCUGCUUUACGGAAGCCCAGCAGGCUCGGGCCCCUCGCGUGCCGUUGCCGCGCCACGCCGCAGUGGCAGCUCGACUUCUUGGGAGCGGAGGCGGAGGCCGGGGGCGGGACGGAUGCGGAGGCGGACCUCGACCUCGCUCUCCCCGCCGAGAGCAAUGAUUGGUGCGUCCGCGCGCGCCGCUCCGCUCUACGCUCCAUCGAGGCGCGGGGCCUCUCGCCCUCGCUCCAGAAGAUGGUGGCCUCGCCCAAGAAGAAGAAGAAGAACAAGGCGAAGAAGAAAGCCAGCAAGAACGAGAAAAGUAACAAGCAGCAGAAGGCCGCCGAGCUCAAGCCUCCUCGCGACGUUGACGAGGAGGACGAGGACGAGGAGGAAGCCGAUGAUCUGGAGUCUCUUCUGGCUGCGGGGGGUGAACUGGAUGACCUCGAGCUCAGGGUCGCGCAGUUCGCAGACGGCAUGUUCGACGAAAAGCGCCAGAGGAACAGGGAGCAGUUUAUCCAGACGCUCUCCGGCUUCUCAGCUGCCGGCGCCGGGCCGUCCAACAGGACCAAGGAGGUGUCCCUGAACAGGUCCAUCGUCGAGGCUCGCACCGCCGAGGAGGUGCUCGUGCUCACCGCGGAGGUGGUCGCAGCUGUAGCCAAAGGCCUCAGCCCCUCCCCGCUCACGCCGCUCAACAUCGCCACCGCGCUCCACCGCAUCGCCAAGAACAUGGAGACCGUGUCCAUGACACAGACGCACCGGCUCGCCUUUGCACGCAACAGGGACAUGUCCAUGCUCGUGGGGCUGGCAAUGGUGGCCCUGCCAGAAUGCUCACCGCAGGGUGUUUCCAACAUCUCCUGGGCCUUGUCCAAGAUUGGGGGUGACCUGCUCUACUUCCCGGAGAUGGAUAGGAUUGCCCAAGUGGCUAUCACCAAGGUCGACAACUUCAAUGCACAGAAUGUUGCUAAUAUAGCUGGAUCAUUUGCUUCCAUGCGCCACUCAGCACCGGACCUUUUCUCGGCAUUGACCCAGAGAGCAACAGAACUAGUGUACACCUUCAAGGAGCAGGAGCUUGCUCAGUUCUUGUGGGGAUGUGCUUCUCUUAAUGAGUGUCCCUAUCCUCUUCUUGAUGUACUUGAUACUGCUGGCCAGGAUGCUCCUGGUUUCGAUUGCUAUUUGUGUGAUAUAGUGCCUGGCAUGCGGCAGAGCAUGGCUGGAGAAGCUUCUAGCCUGAAAAACAGUAGCAAUGGCUAUGCUCUGAACUUUACCCGAGAACAGAUUGGAAAUAUUGCUUGGUCCUAUGCUGUUUUAGGCCAAAUGGACCGUCAGUUCUUCUCAGUUAUCUGGAAAACUCUAAGUCAAAUUGAAGAGCAGAAAAUCUCAGAUCAGUAUAGAGAAGAUAUGGUGUUUGUUUCACAAGUUUAUCUUGCGAAUCAGUCUUUGAAGCUUGAAUACCCGCAUCUUGAUAUGUGCUUACGAGGUGAUCUUGAAGAGAAAUUAACAAAAGCUGGAAGGAGCAAACGGUUCAAUCAGAAGAUAACCUCCUCGUUUCAAAAGGAGGUUGGGCGUCUCUUACGUAGUACAGGGCAUGAAUGGAUUAGAGAGUAUACAGUUGAUGGCUACACUGUUGAUGCGGUGUUGAUUGAUGAGAAGCUGGCAUUUGAGAUAGACGGGCCAUCACAUUUUUCAAGAAAUUUAGGUACACCAUUAGGCCAUACAGCAUUUAAACAACGCUAUAUUACUGCUGCUGGAUGGCACCUAGUUUCUUUAUCUCAUCAAGAGUGGGAGAAGCUCGAAGGUGAAUUUGAGCAAUUGGAGUAUUUGAGGCGGCUUUUAGGUUUUGAUGCAGAAUAAGGCCCAUGACACAAUAUUUUAGCGCAAACAACACCAUUCUUGACUCUCCAGAAGGCCAAUACAACCUGUGGAGUUGUGGUAGUUAUGCAUAAGAUGGUAUUGGCAACUUUAAAAGCACAUGAGCAGAGUCCUGGCGCUUCUUUGCCCUUUGCAGGUAUACCGCACCAGCGAAAUUUUCUUGUGAACACUGCAGUAAAGAGUAUAAUGAUGGACACAAUUGGUAGCUGCUACAACUUGUGGAUAGAAAAGCCUAGAAGUUUCAACUGGAGUUGCAGUUGAUGAUAUACUGUGUUAAAUGACUUUGUGUUUUGGAGGCACAUAACGAUUUAGUUUGUGUUUAUGCUGUCUAUGGAAUAAUGUUUCAUUCUAUUAAUAUGCUGUAACAUAGGAAUAAGUUCGAUUAAAUUAUGCCACUAUUAACUUUUGCAUAACAAUGCUUUUGCUGCCAUUUUACUCAUAAAAUGACAUUGUAGAAACAAAGCAUGUUCAUGCUCGAGUCUUCUGUUAUAGAGUUGCAGUUCGUCAGAAUUUGUAGGGUCGUACCUCAGGCGUACAGUUUCAUGCCAUAUUGCCAUGGAAGAUGAAAUGACAAAAUAAAUUGAC